AGGGGGAACUGUCAUGAAUACUGAGCAAAGUUAAUAUAUAGCCAGAACAGUCUAAUGAAGUUUAAAAAUAAUCAUUGAAGAUCCCCAGUUGUUGCCAGUUAUUUAUUUAUUGCUUUCAUGCUGCUGCUUCCCUUACUGAGACUCACUUGUUGUUUUGGACACAUGCCCUGCAAGGGGUAGCGGCUGCCUGACGGGAAAGCAGUAGUGGAGCAGUUGGACGGACAGUAUGGACCAUUACUGCUAAGGAGGGGUCUGGGAGGGCACUCGCCCCCACCUCCAGGUUUCUGGGCUGACAGUGGGGUGCAGAGCUAAAGCCCAGCCAGAGUAAUGGGAAGAAGUUGUGGUCAGCAACCAAAAGCUGCCCAUUGAAGGACAGAUGUCUCUGCAACAUCCUUGACAAGAAGACCAGUUCUAACUGGUGAAAUAAGGGGAAGCUUGUUAUGUGCCGACCGAGCAGCACAUGCCUGAAGAAGAAGCAUCCAGAAAUCUUGCCCAGCAACAUAAACUAUAAAAGGGGGCAAGAAGGGAGAAUGGUGGGGAAAAGAGGCUGCCUCACCACUGGAGCCCGUGCCUGUGCAUGCCAGGUCGGAUACCCCACUCCAUCAACGGACAGGGACUGGCCACCCCUACCUGCAAUGCCCUUGGGAUUGAUUAUUUGGAUGCUGACAACUAUGAGACUGUAUCUGAAUCCUUGCCAGCUCUGGAUCAAAGGAACUAUUCUUGGAUGGAUAUAAUAACUAUAGAUCAACUUCCAAACUAUGAAGACAAGAUAAAAAUAUUUUAUGAAGAACAUUUACACCUGGAUGAGGAAAUUCGCUACAUCUUUGAAGAAAGUGGUUACUUUGAUGUUUGAGACAAAGAUGACAAGUGGAUCCAGAUUUUCAUGCAAAAGGGAGACAUAAUUAUUUUUCCUGCUGGCAUAUAUCACUGAUUUACACUGGAUGAAAAUGUUUAUAUAUGACGUCAUAUCUCACAUUCCCAUAAAACUGUUUUAACAAAGAAGUGUACAAAUUUAUA